UGAGUUUUGUUUACUAGCUGGAAAAUGGAUUUUAGUCGAGUUUACAUGUGUGUAGAUGCAAAAAUUUAACUUUUAAACAGAUGAUGCACAAGUAAAUGGCUUCGAAACCUUUCACCCCAGAAGAGGCGAGGAGGAUUGUCCAGUUUCUACAAAAACCAGCUGUGUUCCUGAACAUGACCAAAGACUGGCCAGCAUUACACUGGACUGUGGAGCACCUGUCAACUUGCCUUACUGAGAGGGUACGAUUCCGUAUUGGAAAAAGGAAUGAGGAUAUGGCUCCUCUUUUUGAAACGGAGUGCUCCUACAUUGAAGCAACUGUUAAAGAGUUUCUGUCUUGGACUGCCAAUGAGGGUGAAUCACUUGAUGGGCCAUUUUCUGACUAUCACUGCAAGGAAUUCUGGGCUUAUGCUGAUUACAAGUACAUUGCCCAGCUUUUUCAGGACAAACCUGCCAUCUUUCAGGAUGUGAUGUGGUCUGACUUUGGCUUUGCUGGCCGAGAUGGUCGAGACAGCACACUUUGGAUUGGCACACGGGGUGCUAACACUCCAUGUCACCUUGACUCAUAUGGUUGCAAUCUUGUGUUCCAGAUCCAAGGGAGGAAACGCUGGCAUCUCUUCCCUCCCGAUGACACACCCUGCCUCUACCCAACACGUAUCCCAUACGAGGAGUCUAGCGUGUUCAGCAAGGUCAGCGUGGUCCAUCCAGACCUGAAAAAGUUCCCAGCAUUCAAAAGUGCUCGAGUCCAUACCGUUACUCUGGAGCCUGGUCAGGUUCUGUUUGUCCCCAGACACUGGUGGCACUAUGUGGAGUCUGUGGAUCCAGUGACUGUCAGUGUGAAUUCCUGGAUUGAAAUAGACAUGGACGAUGAGGCCAGAGUAGGAGAAGCUCUCACUAAGACCAUUGUGUGUGCCCUGAAGAGCGCCCCCAGCUUAGACAACGACGACCACUGGCUCAAUCCCACUGAGGACAGAGUUUCUUCUCAUGAUGAAAACAUGCAGUAUUUGAACCUAGCAGUAAAGGCCCAUCUGGACAAGAGGACAGACGACUCUGGAGGCCGGUCCCUGUUUGCAGACCAACCUAAAGCAGAGGCGGGAAAACGUGAUUCCAGUGGACUGUUAAAGACUCCAGAAUCCACUUUUGUCAUUCCCUUCGGACCUCAACUCAUUCCUGUUGUUUUGGCUCAGAAACCUAAAUGCAUCUGCCCAAAGGACACAUCUUCCUUCAACUACAAUGACCCCUCACAACCAGAACAGGGAAGUGACAGUGAAUUUUGUCAGAGAUCUGGUCAGCAUGCACACCAGGAAGUAGAAAGCUCAGGAUCCGCACAUGGAGCUGCUAGUAUGCACCUAUCCACCAAUGACUUGCUAGAGUUCCUGGUACACCCUGAUGUCAUCGCUCAAGUUACAAGGCUAAUCAUGUGCCGACAAAGAGAACUUCGGUCUUAAUUUAUACCAGAUGAACAGUAUAUUUUAUAAAUAAAAGAUCCCAUGCUGAUUACUUUUUAUUAAAUGAGUCUUUGUACAAACAAUCAUAUCAAUUGUUUAAUACUCCAUAAUCCAUUUUAAUACUUAAAAUUUUUUCCAGACCCAAAAUAAUUUGUUUGUAAAAUAUGAAGUAAGAUUAGAUGUUUACAUUUUGCAUGCGUUACGCAUUUUAUAUUUUUCAUAACACAUCGCUUGAUUUAAUUUGAUCUGCAUCAAAUACUUACUUAAUAGCCAAAUUUCUCAAUUCCUACAUAAUUAUGGAUUUUUUUUUUUUUUUGGAAAAUAACAGGUAAAAUAACAGUUGGUGGGGUGGAUCAAAUGCUAAAAUCUGCUCUGUUGUAAUUAUAUGCAUAAUUACAUCACAAAUAUUUCUUGUUUAUCCUUUCCAAUCCCUUCCAAAUUAGUACAUCAAAUCAUAGCCAUACGAUGUUAAACUGUCGUUUAGAUUAGAAAACUAAUCCCAUCUUAAUACUGCAAGAUUUACAAACAUUAUGUUAAAAAAAUGUGAGCUUUAAAAUGUGCAAAUAGCAUUGUUGGACUAAUAGUUUUAGGCAUUGAAAUUACUGAAGUUUAUACACUAUUGUUUGAGGUCAGUAAGAUUUAGUUUUUUGAAGAAAUGAAUAUUUUAAGCACAGUCUCUUUAAA